AUGGCCAUUAAUGCCCCCUCACAGCCCCACCAGCCAGCUGGUUGUCCCCCAUCCACACCUAACCUGCAUUCUGUGGGAGACAGUGAAGCCUUGGGAGGAACACAGUUUAAAGUGGUGAUUAAAGCACUUUCUCCAAAAGAAAUCAGCAGGAUUCACGCCCCUAAGCCUUUGGAUAGGAAUGACGGCACAUUUCUGAUGCGCUAUCGGAUGUACGGGAGUGUCCGAAAAGGGUUAAAAAUCGAGAUACUUUAUGGGGAUAAGCAUGUAGCUCGGUCUCCUUACAUUUUGAAAGGACCAGUUUAUCAUGAAUAUUGUGAUUGUCCUGAAGAAGACCCUGCGAUCUGGCAGAACGUGCUCUCUUGUCCAUCCCAAGAACCUCAGGUCACUAAGGACUUCACUUCUUUUCCCACCAUUGACCUUCAGCGAAUGCUCAGAGAGAUCCCAGCGAAGCUCAGUCACACGAGAGGUGCAAUCGUCCAUUACACUGUUCUCAACAACCGCAUCUACCGCCGCCCCCUGGGCAAGUACACGGACUUCAAAAUGUUCUCCGAUGAAAUGCUGCUUUCACUCGCAAGAAAGGUUCGUCUUCCUGAUGUCGAGUUUUAUCUUAAUGUUGGAGACUGGCCAGUUGAGUAUCGCAAAGCCAAUGAGACACCUGGUCCUAUCCCUGUCAUUUCGUGGUGUGGCUCUGUCGAGUCAAGAGACAUAGUCCUUCCAACAUACGAUGUAACUCAUUCAACGCUCGAAACCCUGCGUGGUGUCACAAAUGAUCUGCUUUCUAUUCAAGGCAAUACAGGCCCUUCUUGGGAAAACAAAACUGAGCGAGCUUUGUUUAGAGGCCGAGACAGUCGAGAAGAACGUCUCUAUCUUGUCAAGCUAUCCAAGGAAAAUCCAGAACUACUAGAUGCUGGAAUAACUGGAUAUUUCUUCUUCAGAGAAAAAGAAAAGGACCUGGGAAAGGCUCAGCUCAUGGGCUUCUUUGACUUCUUUAAGUACAAAUACCAAGUGAACGUGGAUGGGACCGUAGCAGCUUACAGGUUUCCCUACCUGCUGCUGGGGGACAGCCUGGUACUGAAGCAGGCCUCGGAGUACUACGAGCACUUCUACGCUGAGCUGCAGCCCUGGAAGCACUAUGUGCCCGUGAAGAGGAGCUUAGAAGACUUGCUAGACAAAAUAAAGUGGGCGAAGGAAAAUGAUGAAGAAGCAAGAAAAAUUGCUAAAGAAGGACAACUAAUUGCAAGAGAAUUGCUUCAGCCUCACAGGCUUUACUGCUACUAUUACAAAGUGUUCCAGAACUACGCCAAACGGCAAGCCAGCAAACCUGAAAUACGGGAUGGCAUGGAGCUCCUACCUCAGCCUGGCGACACGGACUCCACGUGCAGCUGCCACAGGAAAAAGCCUCUAAGGGAAGAUCUGUAACCGGAUGGAGAAAAUCACUCACGAUGCAAGAAUUUAAAUAGGAUUUAAGCUGUGAAACCUAAGACACGCACUAGCAAACAUUCU